UUUCGUUCUCUAUUUUUUUUUUCUUCAACAUUACAGUAUGUCUUCGUGGUGAUGGCGGUGCUGGUUCUGGAAGCCGGGGUCGGCGCGCUGGCGCGUCUCUACGAGGAGCAGGUCGGCCCCGAAUUGAAGAUGAAUUUGAACCGCACCUUCCUCGAGAACUACGCCGUACGAUCUCGGGAAACCGUGGCCAUCGACCAGAUGCAGAAAGAAUUCAAAUGCUGCGGUGCCUUGAGAUUUGAGGACUGGGUCGUGAGCGAGUGGCACAAGGACGAGGAGGUCCUUAGGAACGGUAGCGUCGUACCUGACAGCUGCUGCAAGACGCCGACGUUACUUUGCGGGAAAAGGGAUCAUCCCUCCAAUAUUCAAUACACAGGCUGCAUUUACAAGUUCCUGGAGACGACGAAGGACCACCUGAUAAUUCUGGGCGCUGUCGGGCUCGGCCUGUCGGUCCUCGAGCUCUUCGGCAUCGUUCUCGGUUCCUGCCUCUACAUAAAGCUCAGACACGACUUCGAUGACUGAGAAUUGCUUCAUUGCCCAGAGGGCAAUAAUAACGGCCAGUCGUGGUGCAGAUACAUGCAGAACAACUCGGAGUCCGUUUGAUCGUCGGAGUAGGGGUGGGAGAACGCGCGAUUACAGCCGCGGGAACGUUCAGAUGAAAGGGACCGGUCCGCGGACCUUCAUUUGCGACUCCCUCCCCCCCUAGGCCGUCAGAAGGGUAUCAACAAGUGAAACUCGAGGUAGCGAAUAAGAAGCGAUGCCGUUUUUUCUCGUCUCGUCUCGCUUCCCGCGAUUCAGCGAAAUGAACAAUUGGAAGAGGAAGUGAAAGAUAUAAAAAAAGGCACACGAAAAUAUAAGGUAUAAAAAUCGAUCCAAUUUAAGGGAUUAAGAUACUUUUCUCUCGUCGUCGAAAAUAUUAUCUGUCAGUGCAUCGAGAUUUAAAAAUCGAUCUAAAUUAAUCUUGAAAAAUGAUGCCAUUACGAAAUACAAGGAAAGGGAUGAGUACCGAGAUGCGUAUCACGUAGACGACUUUUAAAGUCGAUCGAUUUUACUCUUCUUCGUCUUCCCGUGUAUUUUGUAAUGGUAUCUACUUUAUUGUACGAUUUCGGAAUUUCUAUCAGCCCAGGAGAGAGCAAUAUCGAUAUAAAUUUUAAAAAGUUACUUGUAGCUUUUUCGGUGUUUUCUAAAGCGACGGUUUCGUACGCAAGAAAUUACAUCAAGACGUAAACAAUUUUGAUAAACGAGCAAUGUGCGCAUACAGAUGGCAUGUGCGCACGCUGGACCAGUAAAAUUUUCUCGACUGAAAAUUGUUGAUCGAUACGGAGCCAAUCGAGACUGCGUAAUUCACGACUGGCUCGAAACUGUAGUUCUUGCUGUCAACGGGAUGUUUGAGAGAGUAUAUUUUCUCCCGAAUAUUAAAAACAUAUACGAACUUGGAUCCUUUUUUUUUUACAACGCAACUGUCAGUCGUGACAUUAAAUAUGUAAUCUCUUAGAAGAAAAAAGAAAUUCGAAUGUAAUAAUAUAAUAUUUUUCGCGAAAGCGCCGAUUUCACUCGAUACUGCCAUUGCGAAUUUGCACAAUAUUUAAUUACGAUUUACUAACAAUAAGUACCGAUUAGAGUGCAUUGCAAUAAAAGAAGAAAUUAUUCUUUCGCGCGUAAGGGGAAAAACCAAACCACGUGACGUCUCCCGCGCGAACAAUAAGAUCUGAUUCGGUCGAGUAAUGUCAAUUUUCUUGCGAUCGGAUCGCGUGUCAUCGAGUUCAAGAGUUACACCUUUUUGCUUUCGUCUCUCUCGCGCGUCGAUGAAUAAAUAAUCGGGUAAUCAUCCGUCGUAAACUCGAUGAUGGAUCGCGAUCCCGUAUCUCCGACAGCGAAGACAAGUCUAAAAAAUCGAUUUAGACAUCGGAUAGAACUGUAAACCUGUGCCUUGAUGAUAUUGUUAAGCUCAGAGAUAUUUUAGAAUACGCGUAUAAAGAAAAAGAAAAUGAAAGAAAAUAACGUCGUGACGGUGUAAAUUGUUUAAAAAAAAACGGAGAAAAUGUGAAGAGAGACUUUAGGAGUCAUGUAAUAAAUUUCACACACGAACGGCAUGUAUAUAUUUAUCCGUUGCUUCGCAAAUGAGUACAAGCCUUUGCACAUUAUUUAUAAUAAAUAAACGCUUUUCUUUCUCGUACAACGGAAACGCGCCGCUCGAAUCCGCAAUCGCAGACUACGAAAAAUUUCCGAAAAUCUAUAUACUUUUCGACGAUUUUCAUCUCUCUUUUUGUCUCUAUCGUGUCCCGUAACAAAUUUUGAUAUAUAAAUUAUUUGAUAAUUAGUCGUCGAUAAUUGAACAUCCUUGCGAUUGCGGAUUCUACCGAAAUUGCGCGCUCGAGAAAGUUCAGACAUAUUUUACUACUGUACCAUUACAUCAUAUGUUAUUUUAAUCUUAAUAUAUAUAUAUAUAUAUUAUUGUCCUCUUUGCUAUUAUGUAUACAUGUAUUAUCGAUUAGCGUCUAGAAGAACUUUAUACAUAUUGUACAUAUCAAACGCUAUUCUGUUACGGAAUAAAUGUUUAAAUCGUA